CUUCAUCUCUCUCUCUCUAAAAUCCUUUCAUCUGCAAACAAACUCUUUUGUAAAAAAAUCGGGAAUCGACUCGUGCGUGUGUUUGCUCUCAAAUUUUUCCCCCAAAUUUUACCCGCGAAAAUAAGGUUUUGUGAGAUUUUAAUCUUUUAAUUUUCUUUUUUCGAAUUUUUAAAAACCCACUUUCUCCGACGAAACUCAGAUCUCCCUCUCUUUCUUCUAGGGUUUCUCUCGCUCUCUCCAUCUAUCCUCUGAUUACUCUCCUUCGCGGCUCUCUCUCUUCCAAAUUGUUGAAGAUGGAUGUGGAGAUUGGUGAUGUACCGGUGAAUCUCGAAUCCGUCGUAAAGGCUUCGGUGGUUGAAGAAAAGAAUGAAAACGGCGAGGCAGAAUCGGUGGCUCCACCGUCGAAGAAGCCACGUUUUGAUGAGGAAGUGAAUAGAGUGGCGGAGAUUGUUCUUGUUUUAUCGGCAUUGCGGAGGAUUCGAGGAGGGAAAAGCCCUACGGAUUUGGAGCAGGAGCUUAUGGUUGAAGCUAAGUCGAAAUUGGUAGACAUGUGUCAAGAGUUUGCUCCAAAGGAUAUUAUCGGUAGGGAUGCUAUUGGAGCUGUGAUUGAAGAUCUGGGUUUGAAUGGUAAGCUUAAGGAUCAGCGAUUAGGUUUUCGAGCACCUAAAUUAACCAUCUCCGAGAAGCUCUCUCUUGGGAAGAGAAAGAUGGAAGAAUCGAAAAAGCACCCAGUAGUAUCCACUACACAUACAUCUCCAGGUGUUUUAACUUCGGCAAAUAAUGUUUCCAUGGCACAUCAUCAGUGGCCUAAUAGCGAAAUGAAGUCAUCCAUAAGUGCUGUUAAUGCAACUGGAAGCCAUUUCGUUAGGGAUGCAUCAGGAAUAACACAAACUAGAAUUGAGAGACCACAGUUUAAGUCAGAUAUGCAUACCGGUGCUUCUCAGGGACCAGUUCCUGCUGGAAAUUAUUUUGGGAAUACUACAUCUUGGUCUGCUCAACCACCUUCCAGUUCAACUAUAUCAUUUGGUACACCAUCAGAGAGCAAAGUUCAUGUACCGAGUUCUUCAAGAGUCACAGAUCCGAGCUUUAGACCAUUCAUGUCUCACACGCAGACAGGUACAUUCCCAGGCAUGAAAGGAGUGACUUAUGGUCAGACUUCUUCACCUUUUGGAAACAACCACCAUGCUGAAAUUGCCAAGUUAAUUCAUAAAGUCCUGCAACCGCGUGCUAAACAAAAUCUCUUGUGGAAUCCACCUUCAAGAGAGUAUAUGAGUAAAGCAAUGACAUGCCAGAUGUGUCAAGGAACUAUCAACGAAGUAGAGACGGUGCUAAUAUGUGAUGCCUGUGAAAAAGGUUAUCACUUGAAAUGUCUACAAGCAAACAAUAUGAAAGGUAUUCCAAAAUCUGAGUGGCAUUGCUCAAGAUGUGUGCAAUUCUACAAUGGGAAGCCUUUUCCUCCUAAAUAUGGUCGUGUCAUGAGAAGCGCGACAACAGCGAAAAUGUCUUCUACUACAGCUGAAGUUCAGUUACCCGCAGAGAAGAAGGUUGGUAAAAUUAAUCUAAAGGUUAAUCAACAACAGGCAAUGCCACAUCCCGGGACAGCAAAACCAACUGAGAAUUCAACUGGAGAUCAAACAGUUGAAGCUAAAGACGCAGCUGCUAGAGCUCAAACAGUUGAAGCUGAAGACGCAGCAGCUACACGUCAAACAGUUGAAGCUGAAAACGCAGCAGCUAUAGGUCAAACAGUUGAAGCUCAAGACGCAGCAGCUAUGCGUCAAACAGUUGAAGCUCAAGACGCAGCUGCGAUAGGUCAAACAGUUGAAGCUGAAGAUGCAGCAGCUACAUGUCAAACAGUUGAAGCUCAAGACGCAGCAGCUACACGUCAAACAGACGAAGCUGAAGAUGCAGCUGCUAUAGGUCAAACAGUUGAAGCUGAAGACGCAGCUGCUACAAGUCAAAAGGUUAAAGCUGAUAACGCAGCAGCUAUAAGUCAAACGGCUGAAGCUGAAGAUGCAGCAGCUACUAAUCAAACGGUUGAAGCUGAAGACGCAGCAGCUACAAGUCAAAUGGUUGAAGCUGAAGAUGCAUCUAUGAGUCGAGCAGUUGAUACUAACAAUGAAUCACAAGGUUAUGUAGGAAAUGACGCUGAGUGUGACGAUCCUUCAGAACCAGUAUCUCACUCAGAUACUCUUAAUCCUCCGAAACUAGAGAACAAAGAAGAUCCGAGCAAAGAUGUUAUUGAGGGAUCUGUUUCUACGAAUUGCCAAGAUGAAGACCCGAAGAUCGUCACUGAACCAACAUUACAAGAGGAGAGUUCAGCUUCUCAGACAGAGAACUUACCGUCCCAUACACCUUUGCAAUCCAACACAGAACAUUCUCAGCAGCAGAGUACACAGCCAAAUGUCGAAGGGGCUUAACUGAAUAAUGCCACAGAAAAUCGAGAGGAAGACAGAUAACUGUGAAUGAUUGAGACAAAAAGUUACAGAGAUGAGCAUUCUCUCUGUCCUCUUACCCUCUUUGGUUCUCGAGUAUAUUAUAGCAAGUGAUUAUGUCUUUAGUCUAACCUUUGGGCUGGGUUUUGAUUACUGAAAGUCUAAAACUUUGUUCUAUGAAGCCCGUGUUUCAAUUUCUGAGCAUAAUUAGUGCUUGAUUCAGUUUUUUUUA